GCGACCGGCUGGCCGAGGGAGGCGGGGUGAAGCCGAGCGCUGCCUUGCGGGACCCGGCAUGGAAAAGCGGCUACGUCCGGGGGUCGGAGUCGGGGUGGUGAUCACGAGCCUUCAGCAUGCCGGUUGCGUCCUAUUAGGCAAGCGGAGAAGUGUCGUCGGGAGGGGCUCCUUCCAGCUUCCCGGAGGGCACUUGGAGUUUGGUGAAAGCUUGGUAGAAUGUGCAAAGAGGGAAACCUUAGAAGAAGCCGCUUUGCAUCUAACGAAUGUGCAGUUUGCUUCAAUUGUAAAUGCUGCUAGUUUAAAGGACAAUUACCAUUAUGUCACCAUCUUAAUGAAAGGAGAGGUUGAUAUGAACCAUGAAUCUGAACCAAAGAAUCUGGAACCUGACAAAAAUGAAAGUUGGGAAUGGGUAAAAUGGGAUGAGUUUCCAUCAGCUGAUAAACUCUUCUGGCCUCUACGCUGCUUAAGAGAACAAAAUUAUAAUCCUUUCAAAGAAGAAUUAAAUCACCUCAUGGGGUACACUGGAAACCUAUGAAACAGUUAAAUUUUCUGGAUUUAAAACAUACAGCAUGCCAGUAGGUCCCUGUGAAAAGAGACCUUUGCUAUCAGUACCAGUUGUACACUUGCUCUACAUGUCUGGAACGAACUUCUGUCGCUACUGCAUGACUGGCACUAAUCAUAUUCCCUCCAAAAGCUGUAUUUUGACAUUUAGCCUCACAGAUUAUUUUUCUUUCUCUAUCAUAACAAAUAAGAUUUUAAUACAAAGAUGUACACUAGUAAGCACCUGUUAAUGCAUGCUUAAUGGUAGUUUAAGGUAAUGUGCUACUAGUCAAAGCAGCUGCAAUAAUGCAUCAUAUACUGUAUAUUUUAUGUUACUUGUUGAGCAGCCUUUGCUCUGUAGAAAAAAUAAUUGUAUAGCAAAAUAAUUGUGGUUGCCCCCAUAAUUGAUAUUAUCCAGUCUAAUCACAAAGAUCCAUGUUUUAAAGUGACUUCCCAUUCUAAACUGCUUUGCUGUCUUCUGACUUGGGAGAAGUACCAUUGGCAAGAAGAGAAAUUACUAUCAGCUUGGGAAGUUCUCUUUUUUCAUCAUGAAGAAUCUCUCAAAACUUUCUUUCCAGCAUGGGAAAAACCACAUGUUUUAUGCAACUAUAUAGCCCACACUGUGUUCAGUUUUCUACUAUGGUUACUUUUGCACGGUAUGUUGAACCAAAACUUACUCAGCCACAUGUUAGCUUAGUGUUUUGUGUGAACCAUACCUCUGUGGUUCAGUUAACUGAAUAAACCAUAUUGAACUAUGAAAAUCCA